CACAACGCGGGCAGGCAGAACGUGGCACCGAGCUGCCACAGGCCCCAAGGGCAGCAGGGCCGUCCAGGGUGCUUACGGGGGCGGGGCUUCUUAAAGGAACAGGCGGGGAUGGAUGGUCGGGGUGGCUUCUCCGACGUAGGCGGCGGGCGGGGCCGCGGGGGCUUCCUGGAGGGGAGAGCGGGCGAGGCGCCCGGACGUGGCUGGGAGGAUUGCAGCGCUGCGUUCCGGCCGCGAAGACGCGGGCAGCGCGGGAGGCGGGGCGGGCGGCGCCGAGAAACAGCGGCUGCGGGCGGGCGGGAGCGAGGGACGCUGAGCCGGCCGCCACCGCCUAGCAGCCCUCCGGCAGUCAGAAGUCCGUUCGUCUGCGCGUUCUCCGCGGGUCGCGGCGGGUCCGGCAGCCGAGCCCAUGCAGCCGCGCAGCGAGCGCCCGGCUGGCAGGACGCAAAGCCCAGAGCACGGCAGCCCGGGGCCUGGGCCGGAGGCGCCGCCGCCGCCGCCGCCGCCGCAGCCGCAGCCGCAGCCGCAGCCGCCGGCGUAAGUGGGCCGAGGGCCUGGGGACCGUGAGCCAGACCAGGGGGUCCGGGAGGGAUGCGCGGAGGGGCGUGCGCCCACCUUGGCUGGCUGCCCGGAGGAGGAGGCCUCGGCGCCCCGCAGGCUCGGCCCGCCCCUGGAGGUACAACUCCCCCCGUUUGUCGCGCACGCAGCGACGUGGGACCGGGCGCGCAGAAGUGGCUGCUUCCCGGAGGCGCUGUCCUCUCCCGCCGCCCUUGAAUUCUGGCUGCGCCGCUCAGACUUGGGCUUCUGGCUGCGCCGCUCAGACUUGGGCGACUUGUCUGCAGGAUAGGGGGGAGGGUCAGGUGAGGUUCGACCUGCUGGUGGCAUAGGGGCCGUCUUCAGAGCUGUCCUGAAGCCUUAGCCAGUCGCGCUUGGUGCACAUCCUGUGUGCCCAGCCCGUGCUGAGGACACUGGACUCUGACGGGGAACGGGAAGGGCGGCCAGUGACAGACGAGCACCUGGUCCCAAAGAGGGCGAAGGGAACUUGGUUCUUACAAGUUACGGGCAGAGAUGCGCUAUUCUGUGGGGACACCUGCGCAGAGGGGAGUACGGUGCCAGAAGGGGUCCUGGCAGAGGAAGCUGCGUAGGGCCAACGCUGGCAUCUGGUGCGACUGGACGUCACCGGAGGAGCAGCCCGGAGGCAGAGCGCGUGCGUCCUCGCCAGGCCCGGCCCACGGCCCCAAUGGAGGGUGCAAUGCAGCUGCUGAGCCGCGAGGGCCACACCGUGUCCCACAACUCCAAACGGCACUACCACGAUGCCUUCGUGGCCAUGAGCCGCAUGCGGCAGCGUGGCCUCCUGUGUGACAUCGUCCUGCACGUGGCGGCCAAGGAGAUCCGAGCACACAAGGUGGUGCUUGCCUCCUGCAGUCCCUACUUCCACGCCAUGUUCACAAAUGAGAUGAGUGAGAGCCGCCAGACGCACGUGACAUUGCAUGACAUUGACCCUCAGGCCUUGGACCAGCUGGUGCAGUUUGCAUACACGGCUGAGAUUGUGGUGGGCGAAGGCAACGUGCAGACUCUGCUCCCAGCUGCCAGCCUCCUGCAGCUGAAUGGCGUCCGUGACGCCUGCUGCAAGUUCCUGCUGAGUCAGCUCGACCCCUCCAACUGUCUGGGCAUCCGGGGCUUUGCUGACACGCACUCAUGCAGCGACCUGCUCAAGGCCGCACACAGGUACGUGCUGCAGCACUUUGUGGAUGUGGCCAAGACCGAGGAGUUCAUGCUGUUGCCACUAAAGCAGGUGCUGGAACUGGUCUCUAGCGACAGCCUGAACGUGCCUUCAGAGGAGGACGUCUACCGUGCCGUCCUGAGCUGGGUCAAACAUGACGUGGACGCUCGGAGACAGCAUGUGCCAAGGCUCAUGAAGUGCGUGCGCCUGCCCCUGCUGAGCCGGGACUUCCUGCUGGGCCACGUGGAUGCUGAGAGCCUGGUGAGGCACCAUCCUGACUGCAAGGACCUGCUCAUCGAGGCCCUCAAGUUCCACCUGCUGCCUGAGCAAAGGGGUGUCCUGGGCACCAGCCGGACGCGGCCCCGGCGCUGUGAGGGCGCCGGCCCCGUGCUCUUCGCUGUGGGUGGUGGGAGCCUGUUCGCCAUCCACGGAGACUGUGAAGCAUAUGACACGCGCACUGACCGCUGGCACGUGGUGGCCUCCAUGUCCACACGCCGGGCCCGGGUGGGCGUGUCAGCAGUUGGGAACCGGCUGUAUGCUGUGGGUGGUUACGAUGGGACUUCAGACCUGGCCACCGUAGAGUCGUACGACCCUGUGACCAACACCUGGCAGCCUGAGGUGUCCAUGGGCACGAGGCGCAGCUGCCUGGGUGUGGCUGCCCUGCACGGGCUCCUGUAUGCAGCUGGUGGCUACGAUGGGGCCUCCUGCCUCAACAGUGCUGAACGCUAUGACCCUCUGACGGGAACAUGGACGUCCAUCGCGGCCAUGAGCACCCGGAGGCGAUACGUGCGUGUGGCCAUGCUUGAUGGGAACCUGUACGCUGUGGGUGGUUACGACAGUUCGUCACACCUGGCAACUGUGGAGAAGUAUGAGCCCCAGGUAAAUGCAUGGGCCCCCGUGGCCUCCAUGUUGAGCCGACGAAGCUCCGCAGGGGUGGCGGUGCUGGAGGGGGCCCUCUACGUGGCCGGCGGCAACGACGGCACCAGCUGCCUCAACUCUGUGGAGAGAUACAGCCCUAAGGCCGGUGCCUGGGAGAGCGUGGCCCCCAUGAACAUCCGAAGGAGCACGCAUGACCUGGUGGCCAUGGACGGCUGGCUGUAUGCCGUGGGGGGCAACGAUGGCAGCUCCAGCCUCAACUCCAUCGAGAAGUACAACCCGAGGACCAACAAGUGGGUGGCCGCGUCCUGCAUGUUCACGAGGCGCAGCAGCGUGGGCGUGGCAGUGCUCGAGCUGCUCAACUUCCCGCCGCCCUCCUCGCCCACGCUGUCCGUGUCGUCCACCAGCCUCUGACCAGCGGCGCGGACUGCCCAGAGGCCCGGCCCCGCGGUCUCCCACAUGCCUUAAGCCCCACAGGGCGGCCCCAGCACCUCGCGUGUCGGGGGCGGGGUGCUCGGCCCCCACCAAGAAAGUCCUGCCCUGUCUGUCCUUCUCUCUGCGUCGAGGCCGGCCACUUCUGUGUCCACUGCUCAGUGUGUGUGUGUGGGCGUGUGCGUGGGCGUGUGCGCCGUUUACUUACUUCCUAGUUUAUUUAUUUAUUUAUUAUUUAUCGGUCAGUGAACCGCGCAGCACCUACUAGUUCACGCGUUUCCCCUUGACGUGUCCUGUGUCUCUGGGACCAAGCUGCCUUCCCAGGUGUCCUGCCCCACUGGGGGCACCAAUGAGCAAUGGGGGUGGACACUUGGAUUGUGGGUGGGUCAGAGGUGAGCUCAGACUCUAGACCUGGAGGGACUGCGGGGGCAGGUGCAGAGCAGCAGGCCAGGGUUGCAGGGGUGGGGGGCGGUUUCUGAGCAGGUGCAGACCCUUCCAGCCUGGGCUUUGCACGCCUCCCCUACCUUGCCCAGCCAGGCACACUCCCAAGAAGGGCAUGAUGCAAGCUUCCUUCUCGUGGGCAUGGUGUGUCUUCUGGAUCCUGCACUGAGCUGAGCACAGUGUGCCCCAGACCCCACACAGCAAUAUGAGCCAACUUGAACAAUAAACAUGUUUCUCGGGC